AUGGAGUUUAACCAGCAGCCAGAAAACCGUAGGCGUGGGCGCCCACGCAUCCAUGCAUCGAAUGCUGACCGCCAAAGAAAUUACCGCACGGCUGGAGGAGAAACGCAGCGUGCUUUCCGGCGGAAUGCAGAUGCAGUGCGCCAUCAGGUAGAACGCCAGCAUGAAGACGCUGAGCAUCGCUCCAUCAGACGCGCGCAAGAUUCGCAGCGUCAUCGCGAAUCACGUGAACUUGAAAGUAUUACCGAAAAUGCUGAACGUCGUUUGGCUGACGCGCAGCGUCAACAUAGACGUCGCCAGAACGAAAGUAGUGAGGAUCGUGCCGAACGUCUGUCAGCGCUUGCUGAGCUUCAACAAAGACGUCGGCUGAACGAAAGCAGUGAGAGUCGUUCUGAACGGUUAUUAGAAAAUGCUGUGCGUCAAGAAAGACAUCGCCAGAACGAAAGUAGUGAAGAACGCGCAGAACGCUUAUUAGCGAAUGCUGUGCGUCUAGAGAGACGUCGCCAGAACGAAAGUAGUGAAGACCGUGCAGAACGCUUAUUAGCUAAUGCUGAGCGUCAACAAAGACGUCGUCGGAAUGAGAGCAGCGAGGAACGCGCUGGACGUCUUCUUGAGAAUGCUGAGCGUCAGCAAAGGCGACGACAAACUGAAAGUGUCGAGGACCGUGCGCGGCGUCUGUUGGUACAGAAUCAGCGUCAGCAGAGACUACUGCAGAAUCAGACGAGUGAGGAGGGCGCUGAACGCCGAAGAAGAAAUGCGAUGCGACAGAGACUGCGCAGAGCGCAAGAAAACGAGGAAGAAGAAGCGAGUCGCCGGCAAGAGAAUCCUCAACUUCAAAAUGAAGACCAAGCGCGAGAAGCAACAAUGAACAGGAACCGUCAGCGU